AGUGAAGUUAGACAGGUUAUCCCCACGGGUGGGGAAGCGGAGGUCCUGGAGGAGGGGGUGAAAAAGAAGGCAGAAGAUUCUAGCUACUACUCUGAGUCGGAUACCAGUUGUUUUAGAACUCAAAGACGCAGCAAAAGGAAAGGGUGUCUCAUCCCGCUUCCUUCCUGUUCUCAGCCUUAGAGAUGGCCGAGGCAGGGGCUGGGUUGAGUGAGACCGUCACUGAGACAACGGUUACCGUGACAACCGAGCCCGAGAACCGGAGCCUAACCAUUAAACUUCGGAAGCGUAAGCCAGAGAAAAAGGUGGAAUGGACAAGUGACACUGUGGACAAUGAACAUAUGGGGAGGCGCUCGUCCAAAUGCUGCUGUAUUUAUGAGAAACCUCGGGCCUUUGGUGAAAGCUCUACUGAGAGUGAUGAGGAAGAAGAGGAAGGCUGUGGUCAUACACAUUGUGUACGGGGCCACCGCAAAGGACGGAGUCAAACAACCCCAGGACCAACCCCAACCACCCCUCCCCAGCCUCCUGACCCCUCCCAGCCCCCUCCAGGACCAAUGCAGCACUAAAUCUCCCCCACCAUCCAUGUCUGCCUGGCCCUAAAUGUAUCCAUCUGGCUAUAUGGGGACUCAGUUCAUGGUCUAAUCCCUUCUCAAGUAUUCACCAACUCUGUCUUCUGCCUGAUAUAGAAGAGAAAGAGGAGAGAACAAAGACCCUGGAAUUCUGACUUGCUGCUGUUCCAGAACCCAAGCUUGGGGUUACCCCAGCCUUCAAUUCUCCCCAGUUUUCCCCUUGCCAGGGAUCCAGGCAUUUUGGUCCCAGUCUCUUCCUUCUCACUGCCAAACUGCCUGUCCUGGGAUCCAGUUAUCUUGGUCUCCUGCACCCUCAACUUGAAUCCUAGACAUUUAAAUUGGGGUUUUAACAGUCCCAGCUUUCACUGCCAGGGUCCCAGUAAGAUUCCAGUCUACCUUGCACCCCAGCUAUAUGUGUUAAUCCUGGCUUACAGUUCUUCCACAUAUGAAGCUAUAUAGCUCUCAGUCUAGUGCUUGCCUGUGAGACAUGAGGUCUUUCCCUCUUACUUACCCCUACCUGCCUUCAAUAUGUGUUAGGAGAGGUCUUUGUCAUUCACACCUCUAGUGAAAAAUGAAACAAAAUAAUAGGCAUGUCUUCAAUCCCCACUCUUCAUGAGAUCUAGAUUUUCUGACAAAGAUGGCUUGAGACUCACUUAGAGCCAAGUAUCUUUUCAGCCUUUAGUCUUUUGGCUUAAAUGACAUUGAGCAUUGUCUGAGGAGCCUGGGUCCCUAAGAGAGGAAGAUAUCAAAAAUAUAGGGGUAUGUCCUGCAGUACACUCCUACCCCUUCCUUUCUAGGGUUUGGUAUAGCUACUGUCCCAGGUAUCUUCUCUUGGCCUUUGCCUUCCCCUACCCCUUAACAGGAUCUGGGUAUCACUCUCCAGGCCUCUUGAUGUGCACAGUGCCGAGGUCAGUCAAGUCCAUAACCACCAUGGAGAUCUCAUUUAUUGCCACAAAUGCACAAAAUAAAUAACCCAACAUCACAAAUUAUUAAA